UUCUCUUUCCUGAUCCGACCGGUCGCAGGCGCAGCGCACGUCUCCUCCUCCUUGCGACCUCGUCGAGUCCACCACCAACCUCGCCGCCGCUGCUACAGCCGUCGUCUCCCACCGCACGCCCCGCCCCGCCCCCCACCCAUCGCCGGCGACGCGGAUCCCUCCUCGACGGUGCGCCCGCCUGAGCAGCCGUGCUAUACCUCUGUCGGGGGCAUAUUCCCCGCCGGCGCAGCAAGCUGAGCGGAGAGGAGGAUGCCGAAGCGGACGACGCACACGUACUCCAGCGAGGACGCCCUGCCGGAGGGGCCCGAGUCCGACCUCUUCGUCUACUACUGCAAGCACUGCGCCUCCCACGUCCUCAUCACCGAUACCCAAUUGCAGAAAAUGCCAAAGAGGAAGACUGACAGAGCACAUGUACUAGACAAGAAAAAACAUCUCUCAAGGCUAAAUGUGAAGGAGGCAGGAAAGGUCCUGUUGAAACGGGGAGAAGGGAAGCUUGAAAAGCAGUUCCGUAUGAGUUGUUUGGGAUGCGGCCUUUUCGUUUGUUACCGAUCAGAAGAGGAGUUGGAGCUAGCUCCAUUCAUAUAUGUUGUUGAUGGAGCACUAAGCUCAGUGGCGGCUGAAACAAAUCCACAUGAUGCACCUGUACCACCUUGCAUCACACAAUUGGAAGGUGGCCUUGUCCAAGUAGCCAUUGAGGUUGAAGACCGGGCACAACGGUCAGCAAUAACAAGAGUGAAUGCUGAUGAUGUUCGAGUAACAGUUGCUGCUCCUGCUGCUCGAGGGGAAGCAAACAACGAACUACUAGAGUUCAUGGGCAAGGUUCUUGGCUUAAGACUCAGUCAGAUGACCCUUCAAAGAGGAUGGAAUAAUAAGUCGAAGCUUCUGAUUGUUGAAGAUUUGUCAGCACGGCAAGUGUAUGAGAAGCUCCUAGAAGCUGUCCAGCCUUAAAUUUGUGGCAGCUCCUAACGGAGCAGAAGCAGAGGAGGUUUUGAAACAUUGCUGGAUUCAUUAGCUUAUCGGAGUUGCAUUGUUUCGGUUGUAAACGUGAGUGAACAUAGUCUAAGAUGACCGUGAUGUAACGCUGUCUCUGUGUACCCUUCUUAGUUGUGAUACAAACUGUACAUCUUUAUAACAAUCCUGCAACGUUUUUUUUUUUGGGUGACCAAUUUCGAGUCCAAAGCUUAUGGUUACUCUGAUUAUUUUUGUACAUAUAUCAUUUCAUGUUUCCUCUCGAAUGUAAUCCAUUUUACAGCUCA